AUGGGCGGUAAAUCGAUUUCCGUAAUGUCACCACGUUUUUUCUCGAUAAUACCGGACAGAGAAAGACGGCAUUUGCUUUCACCAACGAUGUUCAGCUUCCAGCAAGAUGGACUUCUCUCGAUCCCUGAUUUACUAAAGAUAACCUCUUCGACAAGUACUCAUCGAUUCUUGCUCGAAUUAUUAUUGGAAUUGAGUGGUGCCUCGAAAGCUCUAGACAAACUUAUUAAUGCGAUUGAAUCAGGAAGGCGACAGCUGGAGAACUUUCAGUAUCCAGCGAUCAAAAGACUAAUUGCAAACGAAAAGAACUGGGAAGAAGCUUUGAAAAGAUAUUCUGCACGACAAAAAGCAGAUCUUAACCGCCAGGGCUACACGUAUUUGUCGGCCGAGCAGCUUCGUCUCAUUUAUGGUGAAGCAGCGGAAGAUUUGCAGUUAGAUUUGGAUCGAUACAAUCAGAUGAGUGACGCUGAGAAGGAAGAAAUUAUCGAAACCAAAAUUCGAGCCCUCGCACUGCUUUCGAGACGUGCUGCGCAACGCGGUCACGGGACUCGGUUUAAACGGCAUCAUAAGCAGAAUGAAACAGAACAUGCACGUUUGCUAAUUAUCGGUGUAUUUCAUACAUUUGAGACGGUUGCGUUCUCGAGCUACAUCGGUUACGGUAGCGCACUUGAAAUACUCACACUCUCGCCAUAUGCUUUUGUUAUGGAAGUGCUUUAUCCGGAAGCUAUCGGUAUACGGACGUUAUCACCACAUGCAAUUGGAGCUUCUGUUCUGAGUCCGAUCGCUCUGACUUCGAUGAUCCUUUCCCCAAGUGCUUUGAGAGCCGAGGUGAGUUCUCAUUUUGCUUCAGUUUGUGCUCCUUUUCUUUUUUCUGUUUUGCUUGUUAAAAAUUUCUGCAAUCUUUUGCCUCAUUUUACCUCAGCUUUUUUGCCUUAUUUUUUUUUUUUGGCUAAUUCAAAUUGUUUUUUUGCAGUCUCUUGUGCCUCAAUUUAA